AUGGAGUCAGAAUUCAUUGCCUUAGACAAGGCAGGUGAAGAAGCUGAAUGGCUCCGGAAUUUCUUAGAAGAUAUUCCGUUUUGGCCCAAACCAAUGGCCCCUAUAUGCAUACACUGCGAUAGUCAAGAUGCAAUAGGAAGGGCUGGAAGGUCAAAAAACUACCAAUCUAUUCUUGAAUCAUCUAUACACAAUGCUAGGUUCAAUAAUUCCCAUGUCCCAAAACCAUACUAUAUAAUUGUGCCACAAAAUAAAGAGCAAGUGAGAGGAGCUAUGAUUUGUUGCAAAAAAUUAGGAUUUGAGAGUAGAAUUAGAAGUGGUGGACAUGACUAUGAAGGUCUUUCAUUCAUUUCUUACAAACCUUAUUGCCUAAUUGACCUAUCUAGUCUCCGAAAGAUCGAUAUCGACGUGCAAGAAAAGACUGCAUGGGUAGAAGCUGGAGCUACUAUAGGGGAACUUUACUACAACAUUGGUAAUAAGAGUAAUAUCUUAGGUUUCCCAGCUGGAACUUGUCCCUCAGUAGGUGUUGGAGGUCAUAUAAGUGGUGGUGGACAAGGACCUUUGAUGAGAAAACACGGCCUCGCAGCAGAUAACGUGCUCGAUGCCACCAUCAUCAACGUUAAUGGCACGAUUCUCGAUAGGAGAGGCAUGGGAGAAGACCUAUUUUGGGCAAUCAGAGGUGGUGGAGCAGCUAGUUUUGGGGUGGUUCUAUCUUGGAAGUUACAACUAGUCGAGGUACCACCCGUGGUCACUCUCUUCACCGUUGCUCGAACUCAGGAGGAAGGUGCUACUAAGCUUGUUCAAAAAUGGCAAAAACUAGUAAUGGAAUUCCCUAAGGAGCUUUUCCUAAGAAUAAACAUAAACCCUAAAAAGGACUCUUUAGGGAGACCAUCGAUACUAGCUUCAUUUAACUCAUUAUAUUUAGGAAGAAAGCAUCAUCUUCGGAGACUAAUGAGAAAGAAAUUCCCAGAAUUGAAGUUAAAGUCUAAAGAUUGUGAAGAGAUGAGCUGGAUUAACUCAACAAUAAGGAUAGAUAGUUAUAGAAAAGAUUCAAGAAUUGAAGAUUUGUUAGAAAGGAAUAAGGAAAAGAGACUUACAUUUUACAAAACCAAAUCAGACUAUGUGACAAAGGCUCUAUCAGAAAAAGCAUUACAAGGGUUAUGGAAUGUGUUCAAAAGUACAGGAGAUGGACUUGUGAUUUUGACCCCUCAUGGUGGAAGAAUGAGUGAAAUAUUAGAGGAUGCAAUUCCAUUUCCACAUAGAAAAGGAGUUUUGUAUAACCUACAAUACUUUGCACUGUGGCAUCAUCCUAACCAAACUGCAGAGAAGAUAAAGUUUGAUUGGGUUAAUGGUGUUUAUGAUUACAUGGGGAAGUUUGUUUCAAACCCAAGAACAGCAUAUCUAAAUACAAGGGAUUUGGAAUUGGGAAGAACACUAAUUGGAAAUGAGAAAUACUCAGAAGCAAAGAGUUGGGGUGAAAUGUAUUUUAAAGGAAAUUUUGAAAAAUUAGCUAGGGUGAAAUAUAGUGUUGAUCCAACAAAUUACUUUAGGAAUGAGCAAAGUAUCCCACCUCUUGCUCUAUAACUUUUUA